UUCUCGGUGGGCAAGACAACUAAACUUAAAUAACUUAUCUGAAGUUAUUAAACCUUAUUAAACUUAUUAGACCUUAUUGGACUUAUUAAAACUUAUUGGAUCUUAUUAGGCCUUGUUAUACUUGAUUAGAAUUUAUUGGAACUUAUUAGAUCUUAUUGAACUUAUCAGACCUUUUUAAAUUUAUUGAAUUUUAUUGUAACUUAUCUAAACUUAUCUGAGCUGAUCUGAAUUUAUCAAACCUAAAACUUAUUUUUAUAAGGUGAAGAGAACAAGUGCUUAGAGUCACUCAUUUUGAAAAAUAAAGUGUUAGUAAAAACUCAAACCAUUAAUGUCACACUUUUCUUUAAUUUUUCUUUUCUAAUUUAUAUGCGGAGAACUUAAUAUUGUAUUUGUUAAUCUUGAGGCUAAUUCAUUAUACACAUUCAACGUUAUUUAUUUCAUAUUCUAUCUAACUUAAUUUCUUUUGAGAAAACAAUCAAUACAAUCACGAACUCAUCCUUUCCUCUCCCUUCCAAACUCUUUAUAUGAAAUAUGAAAAUGCAUUAUUUUAGUUUUAAUAUACUCCCACUGUGUUUUAUUAAUAUUACACUUUGAGUAAAAGUGACGAUUCAAGAGAGAAAAUAAGAGUGACGAUUCAAGUGAAAUAUAACAAAUUACGAGAUACUUAUAAGUUUUUUUUUUUAUUUAAUUUUAUUUUUGGUGAGAGGUUUAUGUCAUAAUAUAUAUGGGAGUAGUAUAAAGAUUUUUCAAAAUAUUUCCCAAAAUAUAGGGAAUGAAAAACAAAAACAAAAAUAUUGUAUCAAACUUUAGUCUCCAAAAGACCAAAAUUUUAAAAAGUCUCGAAAAGAAAAAAAAACUAUUUUUCCCAUUCCUUUACGCAAAAAAAAGAAAAAAAAGUUUUAAAAAAAGCCUUUUUAAUACAACCCCCAAACAAGUACCCCUUCCUUCUCUUUCUUCCUUUCUAACAUCACUUGAAUCGUCACUCUUAUUUUCUCUCUCCUAACUUGAAGCAUUCAUCAAUGGCGGAACCUGAAUCCGAAUACGAAGAAAUCUUCAAGAAAGGCACCAUAGUUGAAGUCAGUUCUGAAGACGAAGGUCUCCGAGGUUCCUGGUACACUGCUACUGUUCUCCGCACUAUUUCUCGCAAAUCCCGCAAAAUCUUCGUUGAGUACCACAACCUCAUGGAAGACGACGCUGGUUCCAAGCAUCUCUGUGAGUUCGUUGACGCCAUUCUUGUUCGCCCUAUUCCUCCUCGUGAACCUCAUCGCAUUUACUCUCUCAUGGAUGAUGUUGACGCCUUCCAUAACGAUGGUUGGUGGGAAGGUGUUGUUACUCGAAUUCUAGAACCUUCUAAUUGUUACUCUGUUUUCUUCCGUUGUUCUCGUGAGCAGAUCGAUUUCUUCUCCUCCGAUCUUCGCUUGCAUCGUGAGUGGGUUCGGGGUAAUUUGUGGGUCCCGCCAUUGGAGCAUCAUGCAUCUCCUUCUUCUGGCCUGAGGAAAAGGAGUGGAGAAGAUGGGAGAAAUGGUAGUCAUACAUCGGGUGAUAAGGAUAGGGUUACGAGUAAUGGAGUAGAAAGAGAUGUAGGAAGGAGAACUGCCAAUACUCCGACUAAACAAGAUGGUGGGUUCGUGUCGAAUGGAAGAUGCACUGAAGAAAGGAGGAGAAGCAACCGUUCCAUAAAUAAUGACAUUGUAGCGAAGAAAAGAAAAGAUGUAAAACUGAGUAUAAGUAGCAAUGGUGUGUGCAAGAAACAUAAAUUGAUGGUAAACGGAAAUUUAAAAGAACCACAAAGGAGAGCUAGCAAAAAUUCAGGUCGCUAACUAUUAAAUGAUGAAGGAUUCCCUCAAAAGAAAGAAAAUUUGAUGAAGGAUGAUCGCCACUCUAGCAUUUCACAUUUUCCUUAUUUCAAGAGCUUUCUAUAUGAUUCUAUAGUUUGUGGCCUCACCAACAUAUUAUUUGGAGCUUUUGUGGUAUGCACCAUAUAGUUGUAUUUAACAGAAAAGGCAGGCUAGAUAUUGGUGAUGAAGAAUGCAAUUCAGUGAUAUAGGAUGCUGCCAGCUACCAAGGUCUUGGUCGCAAGUGAUUUUUGAGGCCCUAAUGCCUGUGACCAGAAGGGCUCUUGAAGCGGCAUUUGCAUCUCAUCGUCAAGGAUAUGUAUACUUACAGGAAAAUUAAUGUCUAUCUCUUAGUCAUUAAUAUGUUAGAGCUUAAUGAGCUUGUAAACUUGUGAAAUACAUGUUUAAGGAACUUAUAGCAGACCUCUCGGUAUAAGUUUUUUUUAACAAUAUUUUUGGUCAUGACAUGUAUCAAGUUUUUUUUAACAAUAUUUUUCUGGCAAAAAGUCAGACCUCUCGGAAAUGUUAGAACCAUUUUAUUGUGUUAUUGUUAUAUCAUAUUAGCAAAGGCUUUAAUUUCAACACCUUGUUAAUUCUC